AUGAACAUCUGGCUAGAAGAGGUCGAAGCAGACGGCUUCGUUGUUUGCUUGAGAGAGUUUAUGAGUUUCGACGGUAUCCAUACCGGACUUAAAGUGGUGAGUUUUAAAAAAUUAGCCCAGUCUUCGACUAUUACGUUUUUCUUCGUCCUUACUUGCUAUCAAUUAAAUUUAAAAUUAAAUCUGAUUGUAUGGAAGCUAAUUAAAAACCUGGUGGUUAGUUUGGCCUCCCCUUAUAAAUUACGUAAAAAUUAUAUUAGAAGAAUUAUUGUUAUACCUAACCCAUAAAUGUUUUAAAACCGUAAAACUCUGAAUUUGCUUUGCAAAGACAGCCUGACGAAAGGGGUGGAGGGGUGGACUGGAAGUGAAAAAGGGGGGAGGGGGGCGCUGAUCAGGAAGCGGGGUUCUGUCAAAGAGCGGCUUUUCAGCCUUAAGAAAAUAUCACCCCUGCUGCGCAUGUGCAGCAGGUGUUUUGAAACGAAAGAAAGUUUUCUUGAAGUCGCGCAUAUAAACUAUCCUCGUCAUUUCCCUAAUACAUUCUGAGAUGAAUCUUUAGGGUUCACUUUAGGGUUCACUUCAGCCCGGUGACGUUGGCUUUGAGGCCUCCUAACACUUUAAUGUUGAAUAAAAUUAAAACCGUUCAAGCCAGGACCAUCAAACUUGGCGACUCUUGCUGAAUAUCUCUAGAUUUACUUCUAAUGAAUUAUUAUAUCACACUUAAUUUACCAUUUUUUACGUAGCUGUUAAUAUGAUCUAGGCUUUUUAGUGACUAGCUUGGAAAAAAGAAUUGAAUUUAAAAUGGCCAACUAGCAGGAAUAAAUGGAAUUAAUUUAAAUAAUUCAAAAUGGCAGAUCCAAAAAGGCAUAUGGUCUCAAUAAGAAAUGACGUCAUCAUGUUGUCACUUCCAUUGUUAAAGAUGAUCAAAUUGUCAACCAUCAUCAUGAUUUUUAAGUAAUUUAAUUAUUUUUGCUUAAUGGCUACAGAAACAAUUGAUAAGCUAUGGGUUAAGACAAUAAAUGCAACAAGGCGACAUUAGUUACGUCAAAUUACGUUAUUGUGUCAAUCACAUUACUCGUACUUGUUGGAAUGAUGAUUACACUAUUUUGUAUAAAUUUAGUGGCUGUAUCAUGAGUGGUUAUAAACUUCUCUAAGGGGCCUUCCCCCUCCAAUUCCCAGGGAGCCCAAAAACGCCCGAUCCGAAUAGUGUUAAAUAUAGGUCAUGGUAUUUUGCUUCUUUCUUAGACUGCAGAUACGAAUUUUUCUCAGGGUUCCCACCGUCAGGUUAAGUUUUCUUAAACACCCAGAAGGAAAGACGUUUAAUGCCGUGACUGUUUUACGUUACUUGCGUCCACCUUUUCAGAACUGGCUUGCUUAUGAUUUGCUACCUGAGGCUUGGAAUUUUACUGAGCAAGGAAGGCUUCAUUUUUCUGGACUUGGUGCACCAAAGAAAGAGAGCAAUUAUGCCUUUUGUCAGGUUGGAAAUAUGACGUUUAUUAAUGAUACAUUCAAUUUUUUAUUGACUUAACCCUCGGACGUACAAGGGGGGGAUGGAUACCACCCACCCAUAUGGUUUUUCUGAGUUUUUUCCCAGAGGAUAAAAUGUCAGUACCAGACAAUUUCAGUUCGUUAAUCCCUCGCGCACAUUUUGAGACAAGUUUAGCGAUGGUGAGUUGCUAUGGUUACGAUAUAUGACGUCAGAAGUAGCGGGUGGUCAAGCCAAUUUUGGGUGAAAAUACAUGUUUUUUCAACUUCUUUCAACAAUAAAAGUAAAUAUUGGGGCUAAAAUCAUACAAAGUGCUUGUUUGUGUUAUUUGUUAUUUAAAGCACAAAAAAUUACCAUUUCUCGCAGUUUUAACCAGAUUUCUAAUUCUUGGUAAACUCCAAGAUGGCGACCAUUGUUGGUGACGUCACAGGCCUUCAGCAGCGCUACCAGCCCUUAAAUAUACCUCAUCUUGUUAAGAAGAUCAAAGGCUUUCCACUAAAGUUAAAUGGUUUCAACAUACUGAAACAUAUCAAAAACACCGGGGAGGGGUUCCAUCCACCCCCUUCCCCUUGUACCUGAAUUUGCAUGUACGUCCGAGGGCUAACUUACAAACUCAAGCCUUUAAACCAACGUGGUUAACAAUCAAGGUUUGUGUUUUGUAUUUCUCAUUUCUUUGACACUGUAGCAUCGGCGUAUUGUGCAUUUUUAAAAUUAGAAUUUAAGUCCAACAAGAGAUAAGACCUUCUUGAUCAUCAAUGCGUUGUUCACAAGAGUUGUGUUUUAGAUUUGUUGACUGCAACGUGUUGAGGAGGUGCAUCCACUAUUAAAUAUAUUUUAUAGACCUAGAGUUUGCCUACUCAUUUUCUUAAUGAAGUGGGACAAUAUAACUUUCUUCAAAAGGAUCAAAGAGACAAUAUUUCUUUAAACAGUCAGGGAAAAUUAUUGUGUUUGGUAAAUCAUGAUUUAUAGGAUUAUAAGUUUGAGAAUCCAUUCUACGAGCCGCCCAAUAUUCUGGCAUCUGUCGGCCAUGAAAAUGUCACCAGGGAACUGUCAAUGAAGGCAGAUGGUCGCUAUAGCAACGCUUUGACUGUCUGGAUUGAGGUGAGUAGCUUUGAAGACACAUAAUAAAUUGAAACUGUUUCAGAGAUUUGCUGAUUAAAAUAGCUACCUUCGCUAAAGAGUAAAGCACUUAUAACUAAAGAAGAAGUUCGAAGUGGCACUUAAAACUUUACGGCAAAUUCAAGCAAUAACUUGAAUCAUCAAGCUGAUUGUCAUUUCCCGUACUCAUUUUCACCUGAUGAUUCUUUUUAACGGAGGCUCUAUGGGUUCAUGGUUUAAAAACGGUCACAUCUGUAGAUUGUAAUUGGUUGAUUACGAUCCAUUCUUUUUUUAUCAUUAUUAUUUAUUUCCGUGGUGAUUAUGACUGAAAACUAACUUUCUCGGAAUGUAUUGUUCUUUUCAUGUAAUCCGAUUGGUCAACUUUGUCUAGAUGGCCUCGGUUAUAGUAGUCACACUGCAACAGACAGCAGCGUCCAUUAUAUAACCGUGAGAACUGUACGUCCGUUUAAACGAUUCAAAGUUGCUCUUGUUCUUAUUGCCUAACUGGACGCCCCUGUCUAAAAGCUAACAGGUUAAUACAAGCUUUUUAUUUAUUGGUAUAUUUGAUGUUGUAUUCCAGGAGAUAACUCGUUUGUCUUUCAAAGUGUGCAUCAAAGACAGUCAGGGAAUGAGCAAGUCUCACGAUCCAGUUACAGUGGACUGUGCUAUAGUGGGAGGUACAUUACUCUUAUAUUUGCUUAUUCUUUAAAUUCAAAGAUUUGUCUCUCAUAUUGGUUCGCCCUACUGUCAAGGAAUUUGGCCGUUGGGUCAAACGUCGAAUUGAAGAAAUGAAUUCCAAUAAGAAUAAAAAACUAUGAUCAAAUGUCGAAGAAAGAAGUUAUAAAAAAAUGACGUUUAAAUAAGGACAGCAUCGUAUUGAUCGCCUUUUCAAACGCUUUAAUAAUUUGUAGAAAAAGUAACUCCCCAUUUCCUAUCUUUUUUGCCAUCAAUUUUCUUCACAGGAAAAACAAAGCAAAAUUUAAAAAAAUUAAAAAGCAGUUGCGCUCUCAAAGGAUGUAGGACGUCAGGUCAAUUUGCUAUUCAUACAAGUGCUGAUUUUCUUGUUGUUUUUUUUUACCCUAAAGAUAUAGACCCGUGCACAAACGUUACUUGCGAUUACCAUGCCAUCUGCAAAGCUUUCUCUGCAUUUGAUGCCCGUUGUGUUUGUGAUGACAACUGCCCAUCGUACGAGGAGCCAGUGUGUUCAUCCAACUCGACAACAUUUAAGAACAAGUGCUUUUGUCUGCUGGACAUUUGCAGGCGCAAGAGUAACCACACUCUCUAUCAUCCCGGUAGCUGUACAGGUAAGAGAGCGGAUUAUAAGGUUUCUUUAAAACCACCUUAACCAGCGUAUGCAGAGCUCUAGUGUUAUGAGAUAUGGUCCAGCUGAUUACUUGUAACAUCACUCAAUAUGGCGGCCAUCUCGGGCGCCAUCUUGGAAUUCCGUUUGGCACAUGGCAUUUUCCGUGCAUCUAUAGGUCCAAAAUUGAUCAUGAUUAAAUACUAUUUUGCUUAUUUUGGUGCUGUUUUGAAUGCAAUAAAGUGCCAAUUAUAUAGUGCCACCAUAUGAUUGUCUGAUUGUACAAUCAGCUUUUAAUUUACUUCCUCGCAUAUAGAAAGGAUUUUAUACCUUUUUUUUUUCUCAUCCUCAUCAGGUAUUUGUAGGAUGCAUCUUUUUUUGUCUUUAUGUUAACUUUAUGGCUGUUGUUGUUUUUUUGCUUGUUUUUUAUCGCUUUCAGCUCUAAUUAGCUUUGUUUUUCUUCUAUGUUGUAUCUUCUUUUUCUUGUUGUUCCUCGACAGGUUUUCCUGUUCAGACUGGGCGAGUUUCACAGGGGAGACAUGUACAGUGGGCAGAAACGGCCUGUGAAGUAGUGAAAUUUCCACCGUUUUCAUUCUAUCCGGACAAAGAAGUGCACGUACAAAUAACGACCAAUCACUGGAACAUAAGCGAGAAAAAUUUUGUACAUGAUGCUACUGUGUCCUGGGUGGAAACUGUUAACUUCGAGAAUUUUGAGGUGAAUAUUUUAAAAGGAAGUGUUCAAUUCAAGUAUUACUUCAAGUAGUAAUUAGUGAGCCUUUGUUCAUUUGUCUUACAUCUCGAAGAACUCUUGUUUAGCUGUCAUAUUUCUGGCCAGUAAAAUACUAUUUAAACAUAUUUUAUUUUCACAACGAGUUACUAGCGGAGAUUUCGCGUGUUGCGCGCGCAGAGGAACACUAUGGGUAGAAAAUUUGGUUAUCUAUGUAUCCAAGAAAUUUUGGUUACUAACAAAAUCGUGCUUACGUACGUAGGACCGCGUCUUCAUGUUAACGGAUGUGAAAUGUCUUACUAGCUGUAAGUCUAAAACAUAUACAAAUUGUGUUUAACUCGAUUUUGGACAUCCAUGUUAUAAUCAAUUGACAGCUGUUAAAGUAGGGCAUCCGCAGACCAGAGUCACAUGAGUUUAUCGCGGGCUCAGGUGUGCAACUUAUUGAGAUGACGGGUUUUUUAAAGUUCUCCGCUGACCAGUAACAGAAUUCAAGAGUUUGCAGGCUUAGAAAACUUUACUACAGGAAGUAAGUUACCACGAGAGUUUCGCUUUUGGCCUUGGCUAAAUCUAUAUAUUAUCUUACCAUAUAAAAUAAACAUUAGCCAUUACAUUUUAUCUUUAGGUGUGCGUGACUGCAGCAGGAAGAAAUGAUCGCUUUAUCAAAGAAUUUGCCACGGUGGACUGGAUGGCCUACCAAGGUGCUCCUGAUGGAGGUGUGGCGGGUAAAAUGCGCAUUCCAGAAUGGUGGACUGGAUCACAGUGCUCAAAAGUCAGCCUUCCUCAGGCAAUAACACUUUAUUGUUACCUCUCAGCUGCAUCUUGUUUCGUUGCAUAAACCAUAAAAAAUAAUGACCUUUAAUUAAGUUUUCAAUAAGGUGAACAUUUGGUAUGCUGAUGUCAUAAGUACUAAACCCUCCAGUUGUUAUCCAAUCAAAGAUAUUGUACUUGGACUUGGAGACAUGAGCUGCAAAGAGGCAGCCCAGUUCUGUCCACGAAAUUCUUUCUGACACAUAUUCCAUUUUUAAACGUUUUUCAAUUCUUACACUAUUUGUCAGAGGGGGGAGAUAUUCUUAAAAAAGGCAUUAUUUGAUACAAAAAAAUAUAGGAGAAAGAAACUUGUACGGUCUAGGGCUAAAUUUGACAGUCGCGUUCAGACACCUGACCACGAUCCAAUGUCCUAUGAGCGUCCCGAUCAUGUGAAAUGUCAUUUAUUCCAAAUUUUACAUGCUAUUCUCCCAAUCAGCUUUGCUGUGUAUACUUAAUGAUUACCAAUUCAACUUUCUUACUGUUAUGAAUGGUUUUUUUAACAGGGAAAAUUUGCGUCUACACCAACGGUCCUGGUUACAGCAGAACAUAUAAGUGCAGACUUUAAGCAUGAUGCCGCAAGUUUGUGGGUGGAAAACGCAACCAGUUCCUCCUUUUACAUUUGUCUUCGAGAACUGCAGAAUUAUGAUGGUCUACAUGAAGAUAUCUUUGUGGUAUAUGUUUUCUCCUUUAUAAAUAUAUCUGUCUGGCGUUUGCUAAAUCUUGGCUAAAGAAAUUUCAAGUGCAUUUUAACAAUUUGAUAUCUAAGUCGAAUGGAAAGUAGUUACAAAAUACCAGCUGACAACUUUAUUGCUGGCGACAGACGGUGAAUUUCUCUCCCAGAAGAAACAGGAUUUUGGGAUACAAUAAACAACAUCUGAAACGUCCAGAAAUUAUAACCUUUUAGUCAGCCAAACCAUGAGGCCCCAUAGGCAAGUGUCUGCCGAAAACAGAUUGAGAAGCCACAAUAUUUGAGCACAGAAUAGGCUUUCUAAGACAAAAUCACCUAAACUAAAUACUUGUGAAGCGUUUUUUUUAUGCUUGGUACCGUAAUCUGGUAACACGAGCUCAACCACAUACUUGAAUUUUGUUUGUCAACGCUUUCGGUAAAUCACACAAUAUUAAUUUCGUGGCCAUCACAGAACUUCCAAAAAACCACUCGUAAUAUUUCCACAUUUAACACGGGCGAAAUUACUCGUCAAAUUACUCGGAAAAACUGUCGCAUUCUGCACAUAAAUCGUCGAUGGAAACUUUUCUCGAGUCACACAGUCGAUUUAUUCAAGAUCCUGGAUGUAAACCAGCGGUUGAAAAGGAGACAUGCAGUCCCCGCCUUCCAAACAAUUUUUGACGAAGACGUCUUUGGCCUGGUCAGAGAUCAGCAUCAAUUUGCAUCUCGGCGGAUAAAUUUCACCCCUAGAACCUCCUUUGUGAGGCCAAAGACUUUUUGCUGCCAACAACAAAGCUCGCAAUAUCCAAUCUUUCCUUCUCAAACCCGGGAUCAGUAUUUCAUCCGUGCAGCUAAAUGAGACGAAAUAGGAGACGACGUAGCAGACUUAAUCGUGAGGCUUGUUCCUUCGUAAGGUUUCAUGAUGCCUUCCGGAAAGCUUUGCUUAAGGCAGCCACAAAAAAAAUCUAAGAAUACCCACUAAGAGAGCCGUGUUCAGUCUAAAACGCGCGCUGAUUUCAAACUGGCAUACAGUGAGAAUUAUAUAGGAAGUUAUGAAAGGCCUUUUUCUAGGGGGGUGGGAGGUUGUAGGUUAAUAGCCAUUGAGAAACUCAUGACAGUCUAUCUAAUGCAGCGCAUUAUUCAGCCAACAAACUCAACAAUAUAACGCUGUAAUGACGUCAAAUAACGUCAUUGUGACAAUCAAAUUAUGCCUAGACGUUGGAAAAUAUUUUAUUCUGUGUAAUUUUGGUGGCCGUAUCAUUAGAGGUUUUAAAGUUAAAGAGGGGAGCCUCCAAAGCCAACCCACCCCGCUCGCAGGGAGCAAAAAAAAAACGGUCUGAAUAGGGUCAAUGAUAAUAUCCGUGAAAUUUUAGCUCUCGCAAGCAUUGUGGUUACAAAUCGUUUUUCGGGCACAUGGCUCGAUUAUUUUUACACGGGAUUUAGGUAUGAGAUAGCAAUCCAUUUUUGAUUGCUAUCCCUCUUUUUAGAGUUGGAUGGCCUUUGAAACAAUCCACAGGCCCCUUUUCGCUGAGAGCAAACACGUGGAUUUUCCAAACAACAAUUCCGUUUCUACAAGCUACAAUGGUGCAUUUUGCAAGGUAAGACGCAACUUUACUUUUAAGUAGAAAAAAGCUCUUUAUCUGUUUAGAUGGAACAGCAGAGUUGCUGCAAGUCGACCUCUUGGCGAGGUCCAGAUGAAGUCGCGAGAGGUCGACCUUCAUUCCGCGCCAUAUUAAAUCCCACGAAGGACUUUUUUGAAAGUCUAAUGGAACAGCAGAGAAAAGCGGCUAUCAAAUAAGUAAAUUAAGGAAUUUUGAAUCAUCUUUAUGUCUGUAAAACUCCAGAUUUUAUCCCAACUUAAUAAAUGGGAGUAAAAAUGAAGGACGUCGACCAUGACUGAUCUCACAUCUAGUUGCCAUAUCAUGUCAUAUGAUCUUUCAAAAGAAAAUAGAUGAGGCCAAGAAAUGAACUUAUGUUUUGAAAGUUCAUCAAAGCAAUCCGAAAAAAAAAUCUUGAACGAAGAAAUGUUUUUCUUACUCAAAAAUUACCUGUUCCUUCGAGUCAGCGCAGAUAAAUUUCAGCCACCUAUACCAUUCAUUGAUCAAAAAUGGACAGUCAUUCAAAUGCUAUAUCAACAGCCUUAUCUUUAUGUCCCUAGGACGUCCCAUUUGCGAAGAAUUACGACAAACAACCCAUAGUAUUAAUAGCAGCCGGUCACAACUCAGAGGGCAACAAUUUGAAGCCAAUAUACAUGUCUGUGACCCCAUGGAUUGAGGUAUUCUCAAGUUAUUUAACUAAUAUACAACACACUUUAAUCAAAAUAAGUAACAUCAAGCUGACAACCCCGUGGGAAAUGCACAAAUGAGCUAAAUUCAGUACCAUGGUCUGUUCAUGCAGUCUGUUUAUCAGUCAUAGUCGCGCAGCGAAACAAUCCAUGCAUCUAUUUAUCCAUGUGUUAUUCAAGGUCAGUUUCCCAAGUUCUUUUUUUUGUUUUUGUUUAGAUAGGAAUUCAAAAUGACUCAGUUAUAGGUGUUUAAGCGAACGUCUCUAAAAGUUGAGCUAUUACUGUUUGUUCUUGUAAGCGAAAUAUAUGAUGCUAGAUGAUAUAUUCUUAUUUUACAGCACAUCAAGACCAGCGAAUUCCGCAUUUGUCUCAAGCAGUUGUUCGCUGACCAGCAUGAUCCUGUGACUGUGUCCUAUACAGUACUGGCAGGUGUGUUAGUAAAUGAUAAAAACAAUUUUCUUUGCGAAGACCUUCUCGUGCCCAGCAAGCUUUGGUAGAUUUCAAGUAAACUUAGAGACUCCUUGUUUCAUAUCUCCUUUAAUUAAUCACCAGUAAAUGAAUUUUCUUAGUUCCUACUUACUACAAAUAACCGGUUCUAUUUCCAAAAGCUUCUCGAUCAGCUCGAACUUUUCAUGGAACGAACCAAACUCUAAUUUGAGUCGACCUAACUUGAGUUAAGAUCGGCUGCUGGGUCAGUCGUCGAUUUUUACGGGACGCGUCCAACCAAUCAACUGAAUCAGAUAAGUGAUAAAAUUAUUUUCUCCCGAACGAUUUUAUAUACAUUAUCGAACAAUUUUUUUUAAUUUAUCAGUUUAGUUCGUCACAUGUGAAGAUCGACGUUUGUCCCGGAGACGAUCUUCGGACGCUCUGUCCGUCUGAACGUGUUGGACGAUCCAAACUCAUUCAGACGAACUUAACUGAGCCAGACGUCGCUAGGAACGUUACAUGAACUUAAAUCACUAAGUUUGGUCUUUGUUACGCACAAUUUACUUCACACAAAAUGUUUUGUAUAUUGCAGAUGUAUGUAAACCAGGCUGGUCAUAUUUUAAUGGUAUUUGCUACUCGACAAGCCAUUCGUGCAAAAAUUGGACCGAAGCUGAGAAAACCUGCCAAGCAUACAGCGGCAACCUCAUAACUGUGCGUAAUCAAGAAGAAAACGUCUAUAUUCAGCAUCGGCUGAAUGGUGCCAAGGGCUGGAUUGGUCUAAACGAUAGGACAGUUGAGGGUACUUUCGACUGGGCAGAUAAUCAAACCAGUAACUUUUCAUAUUGGGCGAAGAACCAACCAAAUAACUUCAACAAUGAAGACUGCGUUCACACUUUGGGAGUCAGACAUAGUUUUAUGUGGAAUGAUGUAAGCUGUGGUACAUGCCAUAACUAUACCUGUUCAGAAGGUUUGUGGGUGACUUACCUCUUUUAUAUACCAACUUUUGUAUGCUAUAUACAGUUAAAAUAGUGUGACGGGACGCGUGGGCGUAACCCGUUUACUAUAGUGAGAACUUAGUGUAAAAAUUUAAAAAUAUGCAUACACAAUAAUAAUAAUAAAAAAGAGCACUAUAAAUAAUGCUCCCAAAAAAAAAUAAUAAUAAUAAAUAAAAAUACAUUUAAAAAAAUGAUAAAACUAUUCCAGAUAUCUAGGAUCUAAAAUGAUAACUAUAAAGUCUUUAAAGUUCUCUUAACCCAUUCGCCCCUGAACCGCCCGUAACCGCCCGUGCGGAUCCAGGUCCUUUCUACCCUUUGUGACGUCAUCAGUUUUAAAAGUCAAGGACACCUUUUUUCCCUAACUUGUGCAGAGUGAAAAGAUCUUUCAAACCAUACCAGAAUGAGCACAAUUCAGUCAAGGACACCGGAGAAAGAAGCAAAAAACCACGUGACAUUGACCUGAAAAUCUCCAUGAAUAUCUUGUUCCAUUGUUCACCUACCUUUCCUUUCACCUAAUCCGAGGAUCCUAAAAGCUUUCCUAAAAACUCUUCCCACCAAAAUGAAGCCUACUAAAUGCCCAGCAAGAGAAAAAAAAAAUGAGGCAAGAAAAGCGAAAAAAGAAGGGAGGAGAGAAAGCGAAAAGUAAAAGUCAAGACUGCUGUGUCACUUUUAAACCCAAAUUUUGCUUUCUGCGCAUGCCCGAACUUCGCAAGCUGAUAUUUUGCAUCUGGAUCAGAAGGCCAUGAAGUCUACGACCUGUAAACCGGUUUGUGGUAAGUCUUAGCUCUUUAUAGCACGACAGUGGCCAGAAAACCACUCGACUAGCUUCAAAACGCGUUUUUCGGCAAAAUCUCCAGGAGCAAAUGGGUUAAAUAUAUUACUUAUUCGGCUGUAACAAAAUUCAUUGACGACUUCUUCACGCCCACAAAAGUCCAAAAGAUGUUGAAGGAAGAGAGUUAAUAAUUUCGAAAGCGAUAAUCAUUGUUCAUGUUGCAACUUUAAACGUUCUAAAGAUGUUUAGUGUCCCGAGAGUACAGAAUUCUGCAUGUUAUAAAAAAAAAAACUGCCUUACUCUUACUUUCGACCAACUGCUUCAGCUUGACUUCUAAGUCUGGGCACCACCCCCUAACACGUUCAUUAUGAUAUUAUAUUGUUUCACUUCAUAUCAUUGGUACUUCUGCUUUCACUCCGGUCCCAACGGAGCGGUUCGUAUUUCGUGGUUUUCUCCACCUCCUUUUUCUCCCGGCUUGUAACCCAUGAGCAGCUCAUCUUAAGCGUUAUAACUUGCUUUGACUCGUGGUUGAUAAUGCACGCGUGAACUCUGUUGGCUUCAACUUCUUGGUGCUCCGCAAAUAGGGGGACAUCCCAGAACACUUGCGCAUCGUUCGCCUCGUACACUGGCUUCGGUUUCAGUGGCGAGUCAAGGUGGCACCGAGUCUGCAAGGCCUAGGCCUUGCAAAAUCUCGAAGAAAAGUAUCUUAAGGGCUGCAUUAUUUCGGGUAAUGUACUUGUUCUGUGCAAGGGCAGUACAACCAGUCAGGACAUGGGCGACACUUUCAGGGGCCUUAUUGCAUAGCCUGCACGUUACCUCACCCGUCAUAUCCGUGUGCGUUUUCUGGCAGGCAUACAACCUCGUAGGUAUUAUUAUUAUUAUUAUUAUUAUUAUUAUUAUUAUUAUUAUUAUUAUUAUUAUUAUUAUUAUUAUUCAUUAGUUCCCAUUCAAAAGCAAUUUGCCCCAAACCUGUUUCAAAAAGAGAUUAAAGGGUUUGUUCUUGACCUCAUUUUGAAAGUGUGGGUAUUUUUAGAAAUGGAAAAUGGUCUAUUUUAACGUUUCCAGGUGUUAAGAGUUAUUUUUAUUUAUUUUAUUUCUAUUUUCAGAGAAGAUCCUAAUUGACUUUCACCAAUUUACACCUCAAUAACCAAUAGGCCAUAUUUGCACGAUGACGUCAUUUUAUUAUUAUUACUACCAGAAUCCUUCAGGGUAUUGCUUUCUUAUGCAAAUUACGGCUUUUGUUAUUAAAACCUCACUGGGAUUAGCAAAUUUAAAUAUGAAAGAAAAAACGAAAAGAAUUCUGGUCCUAGUAGUAAAAAGGCGUCGUCGUGCAAAUGGCCCAUUUCUCUGGCUUCUUAGGUGACAAAAAGUUUGAGUUUACUGUAAAUCUGUUUGUUGCAGAAAUAGUAUAAAUUAAAAGAUUAGUCUACAAAGAAUUCGAAAAAUAGGCACUACUUGUGCGAAAAAGAAAAUUAGACGUCAUAAAAAGGAUCCAUAAGCUGGAGCUUUUAGCACUGCAUUACCCCUUCAUACACCACAGUCUUCGUGCUGAUUGACUCAUAUGAGAAACGAUUUUAAAUUUUGAUUGACAAAUGAUAGUUUCAUUAUUUGUUUUGCAGGUUGAUUGACUGAACGAUUGUUUUAUAUUCGUUUUUAAAAUUAGAUUUUGAUGAAUGUGGAGGAAACAAUAACCAUUGUCAUCAGAACGCCAUCUGCACAAACAUUAUUGGCUCCUAUAGCUGCCGGUGCUCCGUAGGAUAUACCGGUGAUGGUUUUCUUUGCAGAGGUAUUAUGUUCGAAGACCCAAGUUGUAGUUUUUCGUUUAAUUCGUGAAGCAUAAUUUUUAAAGAUCCUCAUCCAAUGGUAAAGAGACAUCUCUUGUGAAUUUAAGGCUAGCUUGGGGCGAAUUUCUAAGGUAGAAUAAGCGCGCUUUUACCAUAAAAUUGCCUGAAAAUUUAUUUUUCAAAUAACUCUUUAGAGGGUUUUAAAUACUGAGCAGCGUAUAAUAGUGGUAAAAUAAGCGUUUAAACAUAGGCUUGCAUAAAUUAGGAGGGAGAUCUUCUCAACAAUUUUUUUUUCCAGUUUCAGAGUUGAUAAAAUUUGGACAUUAACCUAAUCUCUAUGAACAACACUGAGCAAUGAAGUUAUUAACUACCCUAAUUUUGUAGUAUAUAGGAAUGAAGACCAUACUAUAGUUUUAAAUACAGCCCAAAAAGGGAAUUAAAGUAGGUAUGUGGAUUUCCCGACAAUUUCAAAAUCUAAGCUCCCGUAGACUGCCUAGCUUUCCGCUCUGGUUACAACUUUCUCAACAAACUGGAGCGGGGACGCUUGUUAGAUCUUGUUACGCGGGCUUAAACUUUCGGGGAUUCAUUAUGAGAGGCUUUCUUGUAUGCCGAUGGGGCUAAUAUGCCAGAAGCUUCAACAUAGUACGGUACUUUGAAUUCCUUGAAACCUUCGUAAAGAGUAAAUUUUUUUCCUUCAGAUAUCGACGAAUGUUCUUCAGGUCACCAGUGUGACAGCAGUGCGACUUGUUAUAAUUCAGAUGGAUCCUACACUUGCACAUGUAACAGCGGCUUCACGGGGGAUGGACGAACCUGUCGAGGUACAAGCCUUUAAAUAAAUACUGAAUACUAUAAACGACAGCUCUGUAAAGCUUUUCGAAAAAUUAGGUUGUCUGGCCAUAGGUGACAUCAUACGUAUAGCAAAACUUCUCAUUCUACACAAAGUGAGUCAAGAUCAUUGUCCUGAUUAUUUCACGUCCUAUUUCAAACAUGUCCGUUCUUCACAUGCUCAUAGUACUAGAUCCGCCACCCAUAACAACGUUCUGACACCUCUCUGUUAAAGAAACGGCUCAGGACUUAGCAUAGGAAGUUAGCAAGUACUUGUCGUUUAUGGAAAAAGUGAGGUCACUCGUAUAUAGACACAUACUUUCCCACGCAAUGUUCAGAAAAGCACUGUCUACUGAUAAGUUUACCAAUUAAGACAACGCCUCGUUAGCACAUUUUAAGGUUUGCAGAUCUUUUCAGACAUUUAUAGAAGUUGUAGAAAUUUUUAUUUUUAUUUUUUUUAUAACUAAUACCUGUUGUGUGGAGGACGAUUAUCAAAACUACCCGGUAAACGGUAAUGUCUCCACCCUCGUUGUUCUUCUCGUUCUUGUUCUUCCUCUUCUUCUACUGAUGUCGUUUAAGAAGAAACAAAAAGCAAACUGCGGUGAUAAACAUAACGAAAUGUAAACGCAUUUCUGGGAAGAAAAAAGACGUCUCGUCAAGCGGCGGCCCGUCUCCCCUCCUUAUUUAGCUUUAUUUUCAGGCUAAACGCAGGCCCGAAGGGUUGAGUAGAAUGAAUUUCUCAGCCGAGUCCUCUACUUACUUGCAGAUCUGAAUUCGCCACUGCUUACAUGCGUGCACAGAACUGAAAGUCAUUUCUUCACAAUGGUCUACUAGUGUUCUUGUUAUGUCUUGAAAAGUUCACUCCUAUGACUAUGACAUUCGUUGACAAAAAAGAGAGCCCAGCUUUAAUAAAUAAAAGUUUCCUUAUCUUCCAGAUGUUGAUGAAUGCUCGCUUAACACCCAUGACUGUCACUCCCAUGCAAUCUGCACUAACACAGAAGGGUCAUUUACUUGCAAGUGUGACGUGAAUGCACAUUACAUUGGUGACGGGAAAACAUGCACUCCUCAUCGUAAGGCGAAUUACAUGUUUUACUUCAUUUUGUUCUGUUCGUUUUACCACUCCUCUGACAAUUGUUAACUUCUAUUUUCUGGGAAAAGGUAUCCACCAAUAUUUAUGUCGGCAAAGAGCAACCUCCCGCCUGCCUGUCGAUCAUCUUGAUUACGCUCUUGUCCAAGAAUAUACUCUUAAUGAAAUUUCAAAUGCACCGAAAGCGAGAUUUGCUUGUUUAUUAUUUCGAUUGCUUCUGACUUUUUUGGGUACUUUAAUUCUGAGUGUAUUUCAGGCUAACCCCGCUGAUAUGUUUAAUUAGUCAAGUGGUUUUUUUUUAGGUAUAGCAAUUACUGGAGUCGUUGUCAGUUUCCGAAAUACAGCAUCUUUAAAAAGGAUGAAUUUCUGAUUUACUUUCUUUUUACCAGGUGGCCUCGAUGACUCCGUUAUUUUAGCGAACGAUGCCAGCAAGAUAUCGCAGUUAAAUACCUGGCUUCUUCCGCACUUGCAAAGUCAAGACAGAAGUUAUUGGAAACUGUGUUAUAGGGCCUCCAAUCAUGGCUGGAGAUCACGGACCUUUCACAGCUAUUGCGAUAACAAAGGUCCCACUGUAACGAUUGUUAGAGUCGGGAUCUAUAUUUUUGGAGGCUACAACGACAAUUCAUGGCAAUGUAAGUGCGUGAAAUAGCUAACUAAGAUACCCACCAGGAAGGCUUCAACUGGUUGAAUUAAGCCAAGGGGUCGUUGACCCCAGAUGUUAAAGAAAGAAGAGAUAGAGCCUUAACAGUUUUCGCUAGUAGUUCAGAACAACUCUGGACUUAAAUUGAGUUUUGCUUAUCACUCGCAAUAUUGCGUAGUAAUUUUGAAAACGUCGCCGUAAUAGGUUAAUCAAAUACUCACAAGACAAUCUUACCUCGGGUCUGUUCUGUUGCACUUUGUAAUAAAAAAGAUGUCGCAUCUUGUAAUAACACUUGUCGUACUUUCAAUUGCCAACUUGAAAUGGAUCGAUGCAAGGAAGACCAGUAAACCCGAUCUGAAUAAGUAUCAUCAUCGACAGCAACAGUAAUAAUAAUUACUCAACUGAACUAAUUUCAGCUCCAAUUCUCAAGUGGGUGCGGAGGAAAGUGUUCACAUCAACUGCGGCCUUCCGGCUUCCAUAUCUUUGUAGGGAGUGAGUUCAACUCUUUAUGAAAAUACGAUAAAAUAACCAAAUGGCAAAUUUUGAGUUCAAUUUUUAACAGAUAUUAUUUUUCUCCGAAUUUCAUAACUUGCUGAUUUCUUUGCUUUCAAAGCAUCGUUUUAAGCACAUAUCAAUUUUUCUAUAAUGAUUACCUCGAUUUAUUCGGGUUACAAGUAAAAUGGAAAACACUUAGUUAAUUAAUAUCUUAAACAUGGUGGAUCCAAGAUGGCGGAUGGUUCCAGAUCCUUCUUUAACAAUGAAUAACGUCGUCAUGACAUCACUACUAUUGUUUUAGAUAAUUAAUGUGUUAUUAUUAUUAUUAUUAUUAUUGUUAUUAUUAUUAUUACUACUAAUUAUUGUAUUAUUCUAUUUGUUUUGUCGAUGCUGAUACUUCUUAUUGUUGGGUUUACUUAUCCUCCGACCAGGCAUUUUAAGUUCAUUACCAAUUGCGGCAAGUGUUAUUACAAAUUGCGACAGCUUGUUUAUUACAAAGUGCGACAAGUGGUAUUACAAUGUGCGACAAUUUUAUUAUUACAAAAGUGUGACUGAACACGGGUCACAACGUUGUUGUAACAUAAAUUGCAUUUUAAACAUUUGGAGUCAGUAUUAUUCGUCUAAAGGCACACUUUGAAAAUCUUUUGUGACAACCAGUCAGCUUGCCAGUAAGUUUUGAGUAGUACAAGUCUGACACAUUUUCCAUGCAUUAUCGGUGAUGACAAUCUUUUAGCCACAGGGUCCUCCUUGUAAACAACGGCUUGGCCGUUUGUCUUCUUGUUCGAUGGGAAUCCGCCGUCCGUUUUAAAUUUACUAAUGGAAAACUCCUGGGGACGAAGUUAGUUGCAACUUAUGAUACUCCAAUUUCACGAGGAUUUGAGCCUGAUUUAUUAUUUAUUUCACACAUUAGGGACUUGUCAGAAAUUAGCAGGGGGGAGAGGAGGUGGAGAUUUUCAGUUAAGUGCUGAAAAUAAAAUGAUCCUCCGUAGGUAAGGGAUUAAAAUGUCCCGACCCUCCCCUGGAAAGUGUCCUAAACUUCUAUGACCCUCCCCUGAAUAAAUGAUUAAUUAGCCCGACUUCUCAUACAGUGAUACAGGGAAAAUAAUUCAGUUCUUUCAAAAAAGCAAACUUGUAUUAAAACUGACCUAUGACGAACAUGCAAGUGUUUUUACUGUUGGGCAAACAGGGCAAAAGAAAGUUUUUGGUUUCAAUGGGAUAAUAACAGUUUUUUCUUAACGACUAUACGAAGCAAAGACAGACCCAACAAAAUCAGACAAUUUUCGCGAAAAAAGUUAUACUUCUGAAUGUUGUUUCAGUUGGGAACCCCUUCAAGUGAUGCUCCAGCCAGGGGCAAGUCACAAAACAGCAGGCAAAAAGAAAGCAAAACAGAACAAAAUGAAGGCUAACUGUAGCGUGAUAAUUAUGAGAAUCAUUACACCCCAGCCACUCAGAAGCCAUGAUGCAGGGCACAUGGGGCCAUACGCGUCAAAGUUUAUCUUGGACUGUAUUUUCCUUCAUCGUAUUCUUGAAACAAACCCGAAAUAAGUGUAUCAAGCGCUUGAUGCAUGACUGCUUAAUAGAGGUGACAACACUAAAACUCUAGUUGGGAUGGCGAAAAGGUGGCUGUGGUCGCGCGCUUAAUGGAGGUUGAACUGCAUGUCAGGAAAUAAUCGCCUGUCAUGAUUUUCGUAUGUUCACGAUCGUGGUGGCUAUAUAUCUUUUGCGACCCUCCCUCUUUUCCUCUCAUUUUUUUCCAUAACCCUCCCUUUGAAGGGCUCAAACUGUGACCCUCCCCUGUUUUCCACCUCCCCUCCCCCCUGCUAAUUUCUGACAAGUCUCUUAUAUAUUACUUUCCUGCUCUCCAGGAUUUACUAACCCACCAUCGUUUCCUAAAAAUAGACCGUUUUACAGUUGUGGGCUUUAAUUUGUACCCUAGAAUUGGAAUGAGUGUAAGGCUGAGGAUACAAACCUCUUUUGUUUUCUUAUUUGGCGGUUUGAAAUAUACUAGUUAGCAUAAGAAAACAAGAUUUAGAUAAGAAAGCAGAAAUCUUAUGCUUGUAUCAACACAAGAUCAUCUCCAGCCUUGUUUCCAUCCAUGACUGUGAAAUGGUCUAUUGAACUCGACUGAGUUACAUUGUUUGUGUUCUGUUUUUUUGUCUCUUCAGGGUCUGCUGGUUAUCAAUAUUCCACAAAUACUUUCUUGUACUCACUAAAAAACUACAAUGGGUAUGGAUACUUCAAAAAGGACAUAACUGACGGCUACUACAGCUACGCCACGUACAGCUAUUAUAAUUAUGGUCCAGUCUUUGGUGGCGGCCAUGAUAUGCUUAUUGAGGACGAUGCGGGAACAAAUACCAAUUCUUUCUUUAAUUGUCACUCGUACCGCAGGCCUUAUUGUGACUAUAGCAUUUGGGCUGGAACACGAUACGGGAAUAAUUUCCGCCCAGAUGAGUUGGAGGUUUAUUAUGAAGUGCUUGCUUGA